UUUUUUUCAAGUAGAGGAACCAAAAUUGGAAAAAAAUAUUAAAUCGUUGUUUCUGCUCUGUCGAGUUUGGUGUUAAUGAUGAACCACGCUAAAAACAUGAGGAUUUGUGCAUUAAUUUUAGUGCUUGCGUUGAUCGGGAAAUCCCAUUCAAAGGCACCGCCUCCUAACUUUAAAAAUCCCUAUGAGAAACAGGAGAAUAAAUCGAUGGACCAACUAAUUACCGGAAUGUUGGGUGGAAUUGACAUCGCCAACAACAUGAUCCUAGGAGACGCCGGGAAAAUUCUGGCAGAGCUAGACAUGUACCUCUCAGAGGGCCAGUUCCUCAGCAUGUACCAACCGCCCAAAGCUGCGGAGAUGGUGAACAUGGGCAUGAUGCCCGCCCCCGUGGGUGUCCAGAUGGACGAGAACUAUUUCUUCUCGGACGAGUACGGCAUCAGGAGCAAGCGGAAGGCGAUCAGAGAGGAGACACUCAGGUGGACCAACGCGGAGAUACCGUACUUGUUCGCCCAGGGCCAUUUUACCAAGGGAGAAGAGUACAUGAUGAGGCGAGCUAUGACGGAGUGGGAACGUUACACCUGUAUGAAAUUUAGACCGGCCACAACCUCUGACAAGAACAGCGUCAGGUUCCAAGGCGGAGUAGGGUGUAACUCAAUGCUGGGGAUGUACGGCGGUGUGCAGAUUUUGAACCUUCAGUCACCAGGAUGUAGAUUUAAAGGGCUGUACCUACACGAGAUCGGCCACGCCAUCGGUCUAGUCCACGAGCACCAGCUGCCCGACAGAGACAACUACAUCAGCAUCCUCUACCACAACGUCGAGCCGCACAUGCGCAUCUGGUUCAACAAGUACUCAACCGCCGAGGUCAACCAGAUGCGCGUGCCUUAUGAGUACUCGUCCGUCAUGCACUACGGUGUCACGGCAUUCUCCAUAGGCGAUGAGAGACAGACAAUUCAGGCCCACGACAGGUCGAAAGAGGAAUCCAUUGGCAAAGUUUAUCUCAAGGAGCUGGCGUACACAGAUGUGUACAUAGUCAACCUCAUGUACAACUGUUCUGGUCACUGCCCAGACCAAAACAAAUGCGGGUCAGACGGCCAUCUUGACCAGAACUGUAACUGUAUCUGUCGGGACGGGAGUUCGGAUUGUGACCGGACCAAACAGGUCAAAAAUGACGCCACCUGCGUGAACACUUACGACAGCUGGGCCUGCUACAUCUGGGCCAAUCAGGGCGAGUGUGAGCGGAACCCACUCUACAUGAGCACCUACUGCACAAAGGCGUGUGGGAAAUGUGGGCCAGAGGCGCAGGCUCAAGGAAAAAACUCCAUUAUGUGGCCUUGGCAAUGGUUCCCCUCUUUUGCCAACAUAAUACCCAAAAAGUGGAGAGCUCUAGGAUCGAUAUGUAAAGACGUGUACCGGCCAGAAAAAUGUUCCGUCUGGAGACAAAGAGGCGACUGUGUCACCAACGCCGGAUGGAUGACGAAACACUGCAAGGCCACGUGCGGGGCCUGUGGUGACGUCACCAAGAAACCCGAAGUGGCCUGUAACGACACAUUUGCAGAGGCCCACAAGUGUGUUGGGUGGGCCAGGGAAGGGGAGUGUGUGGUGAACUCCGCUUGGAUGUUCAAGAACUGCAAGAAAUCCUGCGCUAUGUGCACCGAGACAGAGGUGGAUGGCGGGGGCACCGAGACAGGUGUGGACGAAGACAAAAUGGAUUGUGUUGACAAUGAAGACAAAUGUGCAGACUGGGCAUCAAGAAAUGAAUGUCUAGAAAACCCAGCUUACAUGAUCAUCAACUGUAGGAAGUCUUGUAAGAAAUGUGAUGAUGGUACCUGCAAAAACUUAUACGAUGACUCUCAAUGCAAAAUCUGGGCAGAGAAACAGGAGUGUAUGUUGAACGAAAAAUGGAUGGCCAAGCACUGUGCCAAAUCAUGUGGGCGUGGCUUGUGUGAGGGAAAGACUCCAGAACCAACCACAGCAACAGUUACAGGAGCGGGAACAAGAAGGACAACUUCACCCACUACUGUUGAUGGCAGGUGUACCAACAAACACACCUCAGAUACAGAGUGUGAAAUCUGGGCCAAGAGUGACCACUGCAACAUCAACCCCAGGUGGAUGAGCAAGAAUUGUGCAGCAGCCUGCAAUGCUUGUGGUGGUGGCACAACCAAGGGGACAACACCAAUAGACCCAGAUACAAAAGUGACAACAGUAGGGUGUGAGGACAAGGACAAGGGUUGCGCAGGUUGGGCCAAGCACGGCUUCUGUGACAGCAACCCCCGGUACAACCUGGUUUACUGUAAAAAAUCAUGCAACAGCUGCAACGGUUGUCGAGACGCCGAGUUCUUAUGCUCAGUGUGGGCAAAGGAUGGCCACUGUUUAAAAAACCCAAGCUACAUGUUAAGGCAUUGUCAGAAGUCAUGUACCUCAUGCCAAGCGUCUGCUGACACCGAAAUGCUAAAACCGGAGGAGAACGCAACAACAAAAACGAUGACGUCAUUUCUGCUUGUUUUAUUUACAUUCUUGUUAGCUUUAUAGAUGACGUUAAUUAAACAUAGUUUUUAUAAUAAUGUAGAACAAGAUUAUGUUUUUAAAAACAAUAUGUAAUUCUCCUAUUAAAAUUAUUAUAUGCAAAUCUUUCUUUAAACAUAAUUACAUUGCCAUUCCUGGAAAUCGCUCAAUAGGUGAUAGAAAACUACAAAUCUAAUAUAC